UCUCUCUCUCUCUCUCUCUCUCUCUCUCUCUCUCUCUUCUUACUUUAUGCCCUCUCCUACUAUACUUCUUAUCAUUUCUAUUUCUCUUUGAUUUUCAGUUCUCGUGUGUUGGAAAUUGAGAGAAAAAUAUGAGCAACAUAAGCAUGGUAGAGGCAAAGUUGCCACCAGGGUUCAGAUUCCACCCGAGAGAUGAAGAACUCGUCUGUGAUUACUUGAUGAAGAAAAUCACUCAUUCUGAUUCUCUUCUCUUGAUUGAAGUUGACCUCAACAAGUCUGAACCUUGGGAUAUUCCUGAAACAGCAUGUGUGGGAGGAAAAGAAUGGUAUUUUUACAGCCAAAGAGAUCGUAAAUAUGCAACAGGAGUAAGGACAAACAGGGCAACAGCAUCUGGGUAUUGGAAGGCUACAGGAAAAGAUAGGCCUGUCCUUAGGAAGGGAACCCUUGUUGGCAUGAGGAAGACCUUAGUCUUCUAUCAAGGAAGGGCACCAAAAGGAAGAAAAUCAGAUUGGGUCAUGCAUGAGUUUCGCCUUGAAGGCCCUCUUGGUCCCCCUCAAAUUCCUCAACAAAAGGAGGAUUGGGUCUUAUGCAGAGUGUUCUACAAGAAUAGAGAAGUUGCAGCCAAACCAAGCAUGGGAAGCUGUUAUGAUGACACAGGCUCUUCAUCUCUCCCACCAUUGAUGGAUUCUUUCAUCACUUUUGACCAAACUCAACCCAACUUAGAUGAGUAUUAUGAUGAGCAAGUGUCCUGCUUCUCCAUUUUUAACCAAAACCAAAACAACCUAAUUUUCCCACACAUCAACCAAACAGACUCAAACAUUCACACAAAAAGUAGUACUCCAAGUGCAUUUGGACAACUAAUACCCAUGACUACUACUACAACAACUACUACUAAUACAACUUCUUAUCCUAAUUUAGAGACUCUCUCUUGUGACAAGAAGGUAUUUAAGGCUGUCUUGAAUCAACUUACCAAGAUGGAAAACAAUCCUGGAAGCAUGCAUGGAUCUCCAAGCUUAGGUGAAGGGAGUUCAGAAAGCUACUUAUCUGAAGUGGGUAUGUCCAAUAUAUGGAAUCACUAUUGAUUUUAUAUGUUUCAAGGGAUUUAUACUACUUUAAUUUGUAUUAUAUCCCAUUUUAGGAAAUCCAAAACCCAAAAAGGAAAAUAGAAAAGCAUCCACCAAUUUUAGUGCAACAAGACAAUUUGUGUGUAAGAAGUAUAUGCAUCUUCCAUUGUUGUAUGCAUAUAUUUCUUAUAUGGGUCAUCAUGUAAUCUUCUCUUGUCUAUAGAUGGUGAAAUAUUAAGUCAUAAACUGUGAAAAUUUCAAUAUUUUAAAUAGUUGGAUACUGCUGAAAAAUGAUGAACAUAAUCAGCUUCUUUUUCUUUUUA